UUGUUUUUAUUUUGAAAAUGUCAUUAUAUUAAAAAUACUAUUUUUAUUCAACAUAAUAAAACAUUUAGUUGUAGAAAUAUUAAUAUUAAGUGUAAUAUAUACAUAGUUUAAUCUAGUAAUCAAAACACAGUGUAAUAUCAAUAAUUUGAGGUUAUCAAGCCGGUAAAAUAUUUUUAAUAAAAAAUGCUGGUAUGUGGUCUGAGGCAAUACGUAUUUGUAGAGAGUACUUACCAAGUCAAGAAGCAGCUUUACGUCGUGAGUUAACACAAAAAAGCAUUGGAAAUGAUAGCACACAAACUCUGAAAGAAGCUGGACGUUGGUUAAAAGUUGGUGAAAUCCGUACAGCAUUAGAUAUUUUAAUUUCAGAUACAUCUCAUUCAGUUCUUAUACAAACAGCUGACAUUGUGUUUAAUCAAUCUGAUCCAGAUACCGCUUCACAAGUUGCUACAGAAUUAGGAGCUAAAUUAGCUAGUCAUGAAGAACAUGCUUUAGCGGCACAAGUUUAUCUUAUGCCUCAAGAUAAUAGCAUGAAACUCCAUAAAUGUAAAUGUAUUAGUGAAUGUGCUUUCUUUGGCAACAACAAAAAUAGCCUCAGAUUUUUAAAAUUAACUUAUCAUGAUUUGCAAGAUGGUAUAAGCAUUACAGCUUACAGGAUCAAUACGUCAGGCAAAGAAGAAGGUUUUGGUCAGUCUAUUUUACACUACGGUCAAUUAGUAUUUCAUGCUUCUCCAUAUAAUUUUCAGGAUGUAUUUAGCUGUAUGGUAACAGCUAAAUUUACACAUGUACUUCAAAAAGAUGUAUUUCGAGCUCUUUGUAAAUUAUCUAUAAAACCUCUACCAGAUGGAACACCUGAUCCCAAAUCACAUGAAUUAAGAUCUAAAAUAUUAUCGUUACAAUUACUAUUAGGCAUUUUACAAAAUGCUGGACCAAUCUUACGAUCAAAUGAAAUGUUUGUUAUUGCAAUUAUACUAUACUUGUAUGUUGCAUUAUUUAAAAAUUGUGUAUCAUCUGUUCCAGGAGUAUUUGAAUUAUCUUCGGCAUUGUUCCUUGCGUUAUUAGCAAAACCUAAAAUACAUUUAAAGAUGCAAAUAGAAGUAUUUUUUAAAGAAAUAUUUAUGAAUAUAUUAGAAACGUAGUUCAAGUGGUUCAUUUGAACAUAAAUGGAUGGUGAUUCAUGCAUUAACUCGUAUUUGUGGAGAUGCUAAAAGUGUUGUAGAUAUAUACGUAAAUUAUGAUUGUGACUUUUCGGCUGCUAAUUUAUUUGAACGACUUGUUAAUGAUUUAUCGAAAAUAGCACAAGGUCGUCUCAAUGGAGUAGAGACUUUUAUGUCAAUCCUGGUACUCCUAUUGAUCAACAAUUGUCUACAGAACCUCUAGAUCCACUGCUCGAUCCAUCAUUACCAAGAUAUGGAAAUGCUGGAAGUCUUUCUUCUGUUAAUUCUAGUCUUAUAGGCAGCAAAAAAUUCACAGAUUCACCAGAACAAUUUGAAGUUCAAAAACAACAAAAAGAAGUAUGGGAAGCAGAUAUAGAAAUGUUUAAUAGAAAUCCUAGUAAGGGGAUACAAUGUCUUCAAGAACAAGGUUUACUUGGGAAUUCUCCUGAUGACGUUGCACGUUUCCUUCACAAUGAUGAAUGAUUAGAUAAAACAGCGAUUGGAGAUUUCUUAGGAGAUCACAAUCCUAAUCAAGUUAUGUACAACUAUAUUGAUUAAAUGGAUUUUGCUAAUAGAGAUUUAGUUACAGCUCUUAGAUAUUUUCUUGAAGGUUUCCAAAUUCCUGGUAAAGCUCAAAAAAUAGACCGAUUAAUGGAAAAAUUUACUAGUAGAUAUUGUAAAUGUAAUCCGAAGAUAGUAAAAAUACUCUCAAAUCUUAUAUUUCACAUUACAACAAAUGGAAAUAUUUUCAAUCUGUUGUUUUUAGUAAUGGACUAUUCACCAGUGCCAAUACUGCCUAUGUUUUGGGAUUCUCAAUAAUUAUGUUAACUACAGAUUUGCAUUCCCCUCAAGUAAAAAAUAAAAUGACUAAAGAGCAAUAUAUCAAAGUAAAUCGACAUAUUAGUGAUAAUGAAGAAUUACCCGAAGAAUAUCUAUCAAAAAUUUAUGAUGAAAUUGCUGGCAAUGAAAUGAAAAUGAAUUCACAUCCAAAUCGGCCUGGUAAACAAGUUAUAUCAAGUGAAAAAAAGCGACGAUUAUUGUGGAAUAUGGAAAUGGAAUGAAUAUCAACAGCUGCAAAAAAUUUAAUGGAUUCCGUUAAUCACGUUCAAGCUCAUUUGGAAUAAUUAAGAUUUCAAAUCCUUAUUAACCGUAAUUGCUCUAAUGUAUCUUUU